UUUCCAACUGGACGCUUUGAAACCUUUUAUGGGCGGUGCUCCGAUGUAAAAUCAGUCUGCUUGCUUGCUUGGUUAAACGUCAUAUGGAAAUGAUUUCAGCGGCUAAGCCCCUCCCACCAUAGUUGAGCUGCUCGUCUGCUUUGUUGAUACCGAACAAAAUGGCUGCAGAGGCUUGAUCCUGACGUGACACUCUCAGCGCUUUCUCCGGACACUCCGCACUUAUUCCUGGAUAUUUCCACCGUAGUUUUAAAAACAUCUCUGGAUUUCUCCACACGACUGCAGCCAGGCUGCUCACCACAUCGCUCGCUAUCUUUAUUUUUGCACUUUAAUGAAGCAGCUUGCAUCGCAUAAUCUCAUGUCAGUCUACCAGACAGUAGCAGCUUUAAACUGCCCUCUUCUUCGUUUUGCACCGUAGACGAGAUGCUAUUUCUGAUGACCAAUUUAUGCCACUGUAUUUGACAAACUGCCUCGCCGUUUUAAUGUAUUAUUUUCUGUCUUUUCGAGGGUAUUUCGUAGCGUAUGUCAUGGAAAUGUCAUCUGCUGUUUUUCCAGCAUGUAUUUAUCUAUAAUCUCCUGAGUCUGCAUAGAAAUUUCACGACAGUCCUUUUCCCUUGGCAUUUUGAAUUUUGUGUUUAUUUCCGUUCUGCUGCCUUUUUGGGACACUUUCGGAAUUUCAGCUGCUCAUUCAACAGUGUUACUUGAGUCUAUCUGUUUUUACGGGUACCUUUUUUUUGUACCGCUGUACAACAUGCAACACUUUUUUACUGAAAGCUGCCAAAGCUCGACUUGUGUACAAAAAGCUAAGAGAAGCUGAACAUCACAAGGAGAGAACCAUUUGAUGGAAGAAAAGAAAACGGAAAAGCAAGACGAGACAAAGAAGGAUACUGCGCAGAAAACGGUUACUGAACAGAAAACCAAAGUGCCAGACUCUGUUAAACCCAAUCCCAGCAUCCCUUCCAGCCCCAUUCUGACCCCGAACCUGCCUGUACCCUCUGCUGCCACCACCAGCAAUGGCAAGCGUAGCCCUUGUAAUUCCCUACAACAGCAGUUACCUCCAUUACAGCAGCCCAGUCCCCGAUAUGUGCCCAGAGAGGUUCCUCCACGCUUCCGACAGCAGGAGCAGAGGCAGCUACUGAAGAGGGGUCAACCUUUACCUACAGGCGCUCUGAACCCGACCUCUGCUUGCACUCAGUCCGGGGUCAUCUCCCCUCCCGAGACGCCCACCAGCAAACGGCACACGGAACUUCCCCAUCAAAGUGGACAGGGAGACCAGCAUGAGAAUUGUCUUUGGAGCAUCCCAGUCAGCAAAAACAACAGCAGCAACCGGGAUAAAGUGAUUAUUAACUGUAACAAAACCAACACUUGGCCUUCCAAUACAUACGGCAAGAGCCACCAGACACCAGAAUGCACCUUGGACACUGAACGCACAUCAGAGGUUGUCAGCAACAGUAGCAGCACUAUUAUGGCUACAGGAGCUAGCCAGCAGGGUCAUUACCCAAUCAGCAAAGCCAGCAUUAAUCUAUCUUCUAGUAUGGUCUCUAGUCAAAGUGGCCCUACCAGGGGCUGGGUCUUAGAGGGAAAGAUUGACUUGUCCAUGGGCAGUAGAGGGCAGUCCAACUGGGGUGCCUCUAAUCUGAACCUAAAUCCCAGUGCCAACCCUACUGCUUGGCCAGCUCUUGGACAUGAGGGGCCUGGGGUAGGGUCAGGCCCAAGUAGCAUGGUUUGCUCAAAUCCACUUUCGCUUAGUAUGUGUGGCCAAGGAGGAGUGGCACCACCUCACAGCACUAAUGGAAAUGGUAGCAUUGGUUGUGUCAGUGGAAACCUUGUAGGGGACUGUGCAUGGGGCAGCCCGGAUAUCCCAGAACAGCAUCAGUCACCAACAAAUUUAUCUUUCAACAUGAAACCUCCUAACCUUAAAAAUGAUGGACCAAAUAACACUAAACCAGAGCCAAUGAGUCCAGUGAACAGCUGGAGAGGAAACCUCAGUCAGUCAGCAACUGAGCCUGCCAGCGAAGACGGAACUGCCUUCUGGGGCAAAGGAGAUGCCAAAAAGGGAGAAUCAAAGGACUCAGGCUGGGAUUCUGCAGGCGUUUCCUCUUGGGGGCAAGGAGGAGCUAGCAGUGGUGGUGGCUGGGGUGACUGGGGCAAACAACCAAGCACUGAAGGUACAGGAUGGGAUGUUAAUGAUGGUCCUUCCCAGGAACAUAUGAGUUCCUGGGGCCCUGAUACUCCAGCAAGUGAGGGCAGCAGGGAUAGUAGUGAGGGCCACCCAAGAAGAAGAGAGAGGUCCUCAAGUGAUGAUUUGGCCCCUUUGCUCCCAAGGCAGGACUUGGACCCACGUGUUAUUUGUAACACAGGCUGGGGACAGACUCCAGUUCGCCAACACACUGUUUGGGAAAUGGAAGAAAGUCCAAACAAAAAGAAUGGUGCAGGAACUGAGGUCUGGGGGUCUUCCUCCAACACACCUUCAGCUGGACCUGCACCAUCUCCUUCUGGAUGUGCCUGUCCCAACGUCAGUGCACCUCCUAGAAUGGAGACAAGCAAGAGUGAGGGACCUUGCAGAGCUAUGCCAAAUGCAGGCUGGGGAGGAUCAGUCCCAGCCUCUGCUCAGCCUAACAGUGGAUGGGGGGAACCACCUGCAAAUAAAAAGGUUCCUAAUGGAUCAGUAUGUGGCUGGGGUGAUCGUAUUGCUGAAGGUCCCAAUACCAAUGGCUGUAAUGGCCAAUCUUGGGCUGAAGAAAAGUCCCCUAGCUGGGAUGAUGGUACUUCUCAGAAGAAAACACAAGGUUGGGGUGAUGGAAACAAAACUUCCUCAGGCUGGGGAAGUACUGGCAGUGGGAAUAGUGAAGAGUGGAGUGACCCUUCAGAAAUGCGGAAGAAUGGCUCUGGAAGUUCCUCUUGGGAACCUGACAACAGAAACUGGAAAGAAACCCAGAAAGGAUGGGGUAAAGCAGCACCAGCACAGGGUGGUAGUUGGGGUGAUGGUCAACAUUCCAAUGGUUCAGUCCAAGGUUGGGGUGGAAAACUUCAGGAAUCCACAUGUGGCAAUGGUGGAUCUGGAUGCAUAGGGUCAUGGGAUGGCCCAAAUUCUGUGAAACAGAGCAACUCUAGCUGGGCAUCAGGAGGCCGACAGGAUCCAGGAGAUGAGGCCACAGGCUGGAAAGAACCCUCUCCUUCUUCUAUUCGUCGCAAAAUGGAAAUUGAUGAUGGGACCUCCACCUGGGGUGACCCCAGUGCUUACAGUAAGAGUGUAAACAUGUGGGACAGGAAUAACUCCCAAAAUCAUCCGGGAACCAGCAACAGUAAUAGCCUCACUGGGCCAAACAACAAUAGCAAUCCUCACCAACACCACAGCCAAGGUCCUACUCAGAACCAUGUCAGUGGUAGCAACAACAAUGGCUCACCAAAUCAAGGUGAAUCUCCUCUCAACAGAAUGCCCAUGGACAACCCAGCAGGCAGGGGAGAGCUCCCUAAUGUACAGCCAAACACAGAACCCACUUCAUGGGGUGAGCCAGCCAAUUCUAACACUUCUGUGAACAAUGGAACUUCAGCUUGGGGCCAGUCCUCUAGGGGCUGUGGGGGAUGGGGUGAAGGUGGCCAUGACUCCAAUGGUGGACUUUAUGGCAGAGGAAAUGCACCUGCUGGAUCAGGCUCCUGUCAGGAAGGUCCCAAAUCUAUGCAAGAUGGCUGGGGAUCAGGAGGGGAAGAGAUUGGCAUGAACACUGGCCAAUGGGAUGCUGAUGAUGGUGACAUGUGGAGCAGUCCUACAUCCCAAGACUCCUCUUGUAACUCCUGGAGUCAAUCCAAGAAGGGCCCACAAAGGGGCAAGGUCUCCAACAAGCAGGAUGAUGUUUGGAUUAUGACCAGACUUAUCAAGCAGCUUACAGAUAUGGGUUUUCCAAAGGAUCCUGCAGAAGAAGCCCUAAAGAGCAACAAUAUGAAUCUGGAUCAGGCCAUGAGCGCUUUGUUGGAGAAGAAAACUGAAUUGGACAAACGGGGGAUGGGCAUGUCAGACUACAGUAAUGGAAUGAAUAAGUCUAUAGUGUGCCGACCCACAAACCUCUCCAAAGACCCCUCACUGGAUCGUGCCCCCUUCUUGGACAAGAAUGGUAGGCUGUCAGAUGAUGCUUCAUCCUCACCGUUUAUGCCUUCUCCUGGCCUCAAACUCCCACUGGCCAAUAGCAGCCUCCCUAGCCACGGAUUGGGUGGAAUCUCCUCUGGCCUGUCCAUGCAAAACUUGAACAACAGACAGAUGCAGAAUGGAAUGUUCGGCACUCACGGAGCAGCACAAACUCGGGUCAUACAGCAGCAGGCCUCGCCCCCUCAGCUACCAGUGCCACCUCUUAGCUCCGCCCAGCCUACUCUACGUGCUCAAGUGCCUCAGCUUCUCACCCCUCAGGUUCAAGCACAGCUCUUACAGUUUGCGGCAAAAAACAUUGGACUGAAUCCUGCACUUUUAACCUCACCAAUAAAUCCUCAACAAAUGACCCUGCUCUACCAACUACAACAACUGCAUGUGGCGUAUCAGCGUUUGCAGAUUCAGCAGCAAAUGAUGCAGGCUCAGCGUAAUGUCUCUGGUCCCAUCAAACAACAAGAGCAGCAAGUUGCACGUACAAUCACAAACAUGCAGCAGCAGAUCCAGCAGCACCAGCGUCAGCUGGCCCAGGCCCUGCUUAUGAAACAGCAGCAGCCUCCACCUUCCUCUCACACUGGCCUGCACCCAAACCUUGGCAAGGCCAGCCUGGACACUUUCACGGGUCACCCUCAGACUUCAGGCAUCUCCGUCUCAGACCUGCAAACCAAAGAGCAGCAGUCUUCUCCAAACUCCUUCAGCCCUUAUACACUCUCUGGUUUGAACCCAAACAUGAAUGUAAACUGUAUGGAGGUGGGAAGUCUAUCUCUUAAAGACCCCCCCCAGCCUCAGUCCCGGCUCUCACAGUGGACUCAUUCAAACUCCAUAGAUUCCCUGUCAGCUAGCGCUCAGCACAUGGAGGCAAACCUCAAUAAGCACGGUUCAGUCUCUUCUGCUCAGUCCCAUGUGCCUGUCGGAAAGAGCACCAUGGAAGAUUCCUUCAGCCCAUACAAUCUGAUGUCAAGAUCUGAAUCCUUGGUGUCUCCAGACAACUGGACACAGGGCAAAGGUCCCAAUGAGAAAAUUUCUAGUAACUCCAAUAUCAACUGGCCUCCUGAAUUCUGCCCUGGGGUGCCAUGGAAAGGUCUGCAGAACAUUGACCCUGAGAAUGAUCCCAACAUGACGCCAGGAAGCGUUCCAAGUGGCCCCACCAUUAACACUAACAUACAGGAUGUGAAUCGCUACCUGUUACGUGACAGGACUGGAGCCUCAUCCCCAUCUCAGAAUGGGACCAUGUCUUCCUCGAGUGAGUGGACAGGUAAACUCUUGGAAAUGAAGUCUACCUGGUCCCCUGGACCCAUCUCCCACACACAGGCGUCUUUAUCUCAUGAGUUAUGGAAGGUUUCCACAGGGACACGUAACUCCAGUGCUCCCUCACGCCCCCCUCCAGGCCUGACCAACACCAAGUCCUCCUCCACCUGGGGAGGAAACUCUCUUGGCUUCAGCCAGGGCUGGACCAACUCUUACUCGUCAGAAGGGGGAACUUGGAGCACUGACAGUCCCAACAGAGGAAGCAGCUGGCUGGUGCUGAGAAACCUCACUCCUCAGAUUGAUGGCUCCACCCUGCGGACUCUGUGCAUGCAGCACGGCCCUCUCAUUACCUUCCAUCUGAACCUGACGCAGGGCAAUGCUGUUGUACGUUACAGCUCCAAGGAGGAGACUGCCAAAGCCCAAAAAUCCCUGCACAUGUGUGUGCUGGGUAACACUACCAUCCUGGCAGAGUUUGCCGGUGAGGACGAUGUGAACCGCUUCUUUGCAGAGGGCCAGUCCCUCACCCCCACCACCAGCUGGCAGGCCAGCCAAGCACCAGGCUCCAAUCAACCCCGGCUGGGCAACCCUGCUGCCAGCCACCCCACAGGCCUCUGGAGCGGGGGUGGAGGAGGUACCAAGACAGUCUGUAGUACCAGGAACAGCAGCCGCAGAAACGGAGGCGACCUGCUGUGGGGCGGUGUGCCGCAGUACUCCAGUUUGUGGGCUCCCCCAAAUGGAGACGACCCCAGGGUAAUUGGCAGCCCCAUCCCAAUUAACACUCUGAUCCCGGGAGACCUGCUGAGCGGAGAGAGCAUGUAGGAUGUAUCGGAAGCAAAUCAAUGUGGCGAUAAUCACUUUUUGUGGAGCUGUAACGGAGGUUUAGGGUGAAACAAAGCUGCAAACCUUCCACUGCUGUUUAUUUGUCCUCGGGUUUUUACGUCAGACUGUUUGUUGUGUUCGUGGAUCUUGUUCUUAGUGUUCAAAGAUCUUGAGAAGCAAGAAUCAAUAGAAGCAGAAGCCUUUUGAUGCUUUUUUAUUUCCAAAGGAUGUUUUUGCUCAAAAGUGUUGUUCAGGAGAAGCCAUCAACGAGGCAACCAUCUGAAAGCGACCCAGACAAAGUGAGACCUCAUGACAACUUUCCCUAUAACAACACUGUUCUGAUGAUUGGGAUGAUCCUGGUACUUUUUUUGGUUUUAAACUUUCCAUAGUUUCUUCAGAACUUCUAUUAGCCGUAAGUGCUCUCUCUCCAGGUCCUCCUUGAAAACUUUUAUUUUAUAAACCAACAAAAAAACUUUGUAUCUUGCACAGUUCUGUUUCUGAGCCAGUGAAUAGGCCAGAGCAAAUGAGAAGAACACUCCUAGCAGUGGCCUGUCAGCAUGACGAAUCACCAAUGAUCUUUUUUCUUCAAUUAUUUUAGUUUUACAAAAGGGAGCUGCACUGCUCUAUGAUUUCUAUUUACUCACGCCAGUUGUUUUUUUUUUGUUUUUUUAAUGUGUAUGGUUAAAAAAAAAAAAGCUGAAUAUUAAGCUUUGAUGUAGAUGAAUGAAUGUCAGUGUCUGCUGGAACUUGACCAAGCAUCUGUGCGCGAAUACAUAACCACUGUUAAAAACACUCAGUGGAGGCUUUUUAAUUAUACCUAAUGGACUUCAGUGCUGAAUCAAUCAGAAGAUAUUUAGUUACUAUGUUAUGUAUCUGAUCGGCCAUUUUAUUGAGAUACAACUUCGAGAUGAAACUCAUUCUGAUGCAUUGUGCAAUAGAAGCCAGAGACCCUUUCUUCCGUCCACACUGAAGCUUACUGAAACUUAAGACUCCUUUUUUUUUUCUCGAAGAUUUUGGAAGAAUUUAACCUUUGAACAUUUUCCUACCUUGCCUCUGUUUGUCUGGCUUGCUGGCUGUUUGGUAUUUACGUGGAAAGGGGGAACUGUUAAUUGUGUUUGACGUCACUCCAUGCAGUUUUGAACUUGGCAUGUGUGGGAUCACACAGUCUCCCAGCCACUUCUUCACCAAACAGAAACGGAAUCCAGAGCGGAGACACAUGGCACGGGAGUCAGGCACAAUACCAAAUACAAUGGGUUUAUUUUAAUGCAGUACAGAGUAAGAGACCUUUGCAUUUGGUACAAACAUAAAAGACACAUUGUCUCUUCUUAAAGGGGUAUUAUCAUAGCACUUAUUACAAGAGUUAUGCUCCUUCUGUGAAGCCAAUAAAUCAGAUAAUGGAGCAUAUAGUUUAAAAAAAAGAAAGGAAAAAAAAAACUUCUUAUGGCAACUUUAAACUUUUUUUUUUUUUUUGGACCUUACUGUUAUUCAAAAAAACGUAUUUGUUUGUCGUCCAUCUCUGUUCCAGAAACUUCUGAAUGAAGGGAAGAACAAACUACAAUCAUACAAAACUUGCAAUGUAUGUUUUUUGUGUCUGUACUUUCCCCCCAUCUCUAUCAAAGUGAAUGUCAUUGUUACUCAAAUGAAAUAGUCAAAUGUCUUUAUCUGUCUGAAAUAGGCACCUCCAUUUGAUUGGAUUUGAAAAAGAGGAUGUGUGGUGUUAGUGCCUCAAUGUGGGAACUGAUAGGAGGACGUUUGAUUCUCCAUCGCAACUCUCACCUAGUACAAUGGAAUGCAAGAAAGGACAUUAAUGACGUCAUGAUAUGGACGUUGUCGUCAUCAUUUAUCAUUUGCAUCCGUGUUGUAAUAAUUUGGAAUGUCUCCCCGUUCCUUCUCUGGAUAACAUCACACCUCUCAUGCGUACCUACUCCCUCCCUCGCGUGGUCUUGCAUGAUUUUUUUCGCUGGAGUUUGAGACUGAAUUGAAUUGCCAGUGUUGUGAAACAUGCUUUUUCACAUUCUUUUGGUCUUCAUGCAGUGGUCUUUAACUGCCUACAGUGCUCAUAUGCAUAUACACUUUAAAAGAGGUGCCUCUGUAUAGCUGUCCUGUGUAACGAACGCAAACGAAGAUCAAUGAUGUGGGCCAUACUUGUUUUUGUUGUUAACAGUGUUUUUAGGUCAUUUAGGGCCUCUUUUGUUGAUGUGCGUGUGUGUGACCUCACCCUGGGUGUCCCACCUCUAACUCAGCUGCUAGCAUCCUCUUUCUCUUAUGUGGCCUCAGUGAAGCCAACCCUGUUACCGAGACAAGCCGCCCGUACUUGAAAAAGCCCUGUCCAAGCAGUGUUUCUAUGGACAGACUCUUUCUGCCACUGGUUCUUUAACUAGAGCACAUGGCAUGCUGUCACUAUGCAAAGUUAGAGAAGAUAGGCAAGUAAUGUCCGCUCUGUGCCAAUCUGUGGCUUUGAAAGAAAGUUGGAAAUAUCUCACAGUCCUCCCGUAAUACUUUCUUACAUACUCAAGGCCAUUGUCAUCCUUGUAAACUUGUAAACAAACAGUGUUGUCUGACACUAAGCCAGUGUCAUUUUUGGAGGUCUGUGUGUUAAUUCUGCUGAAUUUGAUAAAUCUCGUUUCAAUAUAAUCUCAGGGCACGACAAGAUUAACUAAAUUUAUGUUUAUUGAAAGUUGAUCGUUUUGAAGAUUUAUCAUUUACACAUUAACGUUUUACACGUUAAAUGAUGUGUGUGAAGCUUACAAAGUGUACAUUAAAGAAACGCAAGAGGAUAUUUAUCAGUGGGGCAGUACAUUUAGGAGGGUGGCUAGUUUAAGUCUUCUCAAUCCUUUUGAACAGGGACUGCAGAGCCAUCCGUUCGUUUAUACAGUAAAUGUAUAUUGUGUAUCUUACCUCUCUGAUGCUGGUUGUGUUGAAUUCCCCUUAUGGUCGCAUGUGCCAAUAUAUACAUAGAUAUAUGAACGGUACACUGUGGCAUCUCUGACUUCACAUCUUAAAUUCCAAUGUGUGUCGUUUUGUUGUAGAGCAGUUCUGUUCAGAGGCACUUUGAUGAUUCUUGUGUGUUUGAGGUGGGAUUGGGUUCAAAAGGGUUGAGGAUAUUCGUCAGAAAUUUGUCACCUCAUGCUGAUUAUUUGUGAUAAUCUUGUUACUGUCAUUGGAAGAAUCCUUUAUAACAAACAAGAACUUUAACAGCAUUGGGGAUUAUGGUGUGCUAAUGGCAUACAGUUCAUGAGUAAUCCCUAGUACUUUUUGGCAUUUUAUUAAAAGUUUUUUUUUAUAUAUAUAAAAGUUUGACAAAAACACAUAAACAAUGAAGGAAAAAGAUCUAUAACAUUUAAAAACGCACUUCUUGCUGAUAUUAUCUCCUGUUUGCUGGUCACAUUCUGAAGGUUGACGGCAAGCUGGAGUGCCUUUUGUGUAUGCCGUAUUAACUGUUUGUUUGUAAAAAUGGGGCCCUGAACUGUACAUUUCCAUCUCAGUCCAAGUUCGUUUUGGGCCUUUAUGCUGUAUAAGAUUUCUUCUUUUGGGAAAAGACAUUUCAACAGAUGUGUCUUAAGAUACUAAAGUUGUUCAUUGACUUAUUUUUUUUCUGUUUCUGGGUGUGGGGGAUCACUGUUGCCUGUGUAUGUAACUGCCUUGUUCCAAACUCAGUCGCGGCUGGCUGACAGUGAACCACAAUAUGGCUGUAAUUCCAAACAGUCAAACAUCACAGGAAGUCUCUGGUGACACCAGCAUAGGUAGACUACAGCUAAACAUUAUCCUGUGUAUUAUCACGCUCAUUAUGUAGAAAAAUGCUAUCAGAUUUCUGAUUCAUUCCCUUUUGAAACUACUAGGUAAAAUAUAAUUUGAAAUAAGCAAUAGACCUUGCAGUGUGUCAUCGAGAAAAUUUGCCUAAAUGAAAAAAAAAACGAAAGAGUGAUUAAUGAUAGAUAUGAACCAAAUAGUCUUACUUGGAGUAGCAUGUUUAAAAUUAAAUUACACAGGACAUACAUGCAGUAUUUGUGUAUACCUAUGUUGAAACCCGUAAUUAUGAACCAUGUUUUUGUCUCUGGGCAAAGAAUGAAAAAUCAUAAACAUAUCAAAAGAUAUAUAUUCACCGAUACUUGAAUUAAAGUGUGCCAAUUGUAAAAUGUGAAUUUAUUUUUUCUUAAAUUUUUGUUUGGGUCUGACACUUUCAAGUUAUUUGAUAACAUGCUCACAAGGUUUAACAUUCUUCAUGAGAAAGAAAAAAAAUCUUUGAAUGGUUAAAAAAAAAUUGAAUGGUU